AUGUGCAUCCCCUUGUUGUGGAGAUUUGCACCCGCCAACCAAAACGCCAAAGCACAUGGAAUGCAAUUGACAGCAGUUGCAAUGCAUCGAAUUCAAAGGACAUGCAUAUGGAAGCAAUUGGCAAAUGAACGCCUAUUUGACGUGGCGUUUGCUGUCAAUCGGCCCAUCUUUUCACCCCAUAUCUACCCAAUAAACAAGUCGGUCAGGCAGUACUCAGCAGCACAAAAUGUCCCUUGUGAGUUUGCACCACGCCAACUAGAAUCCAAAACACACCCACAAGGAUGGGAACGAAUCCAAGCUCAGGUUGAGCCUUAUUUUGGCGACAAUUGGAAUUUUACCAGUGAGAAGGAGAAAAAGGGGUUCCUUGGUCUUGGGUUAUCCCGUGCCUUUAGUCACUUCUUCCCAUUGACGCUAGAUGAUCGGAUCGAUGCGACAUGCAAGAUGCUUUACUUGUCGUUACUCAUUGAUGAUCAACUUGAAAAAAUGAGUUUUACACAGAUGUUGUUGCAUCGGGACCGGGUCAUGAAGGUUGCCCUUGGAGAAGCGAGCCCCAACAGACGUAUCUGUCUUGAGUGGAUGCUGCACGAUACUAUCAUGGCCAUGCGAAGUAUCGACGACAUUCUGGCAAAUGAUGUUGCCCAGGGAUUUUGCCAACUUCUGCAGGCCCAGACAGCCCAGGAGAGGACCACAAUAACAACCCUCGGAUCAUACCUCAAAUUUAGGGAGAUAGAUGUGGGUAGACCAUUCUACACAGCUCUCAUUAGAUUCAGUGCCAGGCUGUAUCUCAAUACUGCUGAACGCAGAAAGACCGCCCCUUUGGAAAGCAUCGCGUUUCGGCAUUUCGGUGUUAUGAAUGAUAUCUAUAGCUGGGAGCGGGAGUGGAAAGUAUACCAGGCGAACCCAACCGAUGGUGCCCAGCCAUUCUCCGCCAUUUACAUUUGUGCCAACGAGACAGGGCUACCAUAUACAGCCUGCAAGCGACUGAUGUAUAGUUACUGUCGGGAAUUGGAGCUCGAUCUCAAGCACUCCAGCGAUGAAAUUCGACAUAACAGCAUGGAAAGCUUGACAAAUGGAUUGGAGAUGUACAUAAAAGGUCUAGAAUAUUUUAUGUGCGGCAUUGAGCUAUGGAGUGAGUGGACUCCACGAUAUCGGCAAUGA